AUGACAACAAGUGUUGCGCUGCUGCACCGGAUGCCGGAUAAAUAAUUAAAGUGACCUGACACUGUGUCCGAUUCCGCUGUAAUAAUUAGGCUCGUCGAGGAAUUCGUUCGAUUACAGUCUUUCAUUUUCAUCCGAUAAUGGAUCCGAUUGCUUCUUAACGUUUCCAGAAGAACCACCCAGGAGCAGCAGCAAAACUGCAACAGCACCGCAGUGGAUUUCGCAGAACGGUCAAAGAUAUUGCACAACACCCGGGCAUCGAGGCGCCAUCUGGUGGGUGCCGAAAUGACACUGCACCUUAUCACCGACGAGUGCGCCAUCUACCACCAACCGAUGGGGGAGGAUUUUUGCUUCGCACGUGAACCAUUUUGGGGCUUUUUCUGGCCCGGAGGACAGGCGCUGACCAGAUACAUACUCGAUAACGCUGCAGACAAUUUCGCCGGACGGCGCGUUCUGGACGUCGGCUGUGGCUGCGGAGCAUCUUCGAUAGCGGCCUGGCUAGCCGGAGCACAACACAUCACCGCAAACGACAUUGACGCAACUGCCCUGCAAGCAACGCUACUCAAUGCGGAACUCAAUGGCAUUGUUGGGGGAACUUCCAUCGACGGUCGCAGUUUUGAGGUCGAUGGUUCCAACUGGAUUGGACGGUCCUGCGACGAUUACGACGUCUUACUGAUAGGAGAUUUGUUCUACGAUGUGGAGAUUGCCGACAUCUUACUGCCUUGGCUAUCACGUUUGGUUACCCAAGAGGGAAAGCAGGUGUUCAUCGGAGAUCCGGGACGCCAUGGGCUAACGAACACGCUUCGCCAGAACUGUAUGAUUCAAUUAGCACGUUACGAGCUGCCGCCCAAUGUUUGCCUCGAGAAUAACGGAUUUUCACACGCCGCCGUAUGGAAGUUGACUGGCAAUGUUGUAUAGUUGUUAGAUAAUACGGAAUCAGCCAAGUAUUUGUCGUUGAUUGGAAAAAGUAGAUUCAAAGAUUUAUAUUCCAAGCUUUGUUGGAGCCUGAUUAACGUUUUAUAUUACCGAGAGUCAUUGGGGUCAAUCGAAUCAAAUUUAUAAGUUUACGAUAUACGUUAAGAUUGCCCAAGGAUAGUUUUAAUUUAUGUUACAUAAUUAAACUUAUUGUUAUAAAACAGGAACUAGUAAAUAAGAAGAUCUUUUUCGAAACAAAAUUUUUUUUUAAAGAAACAUGUUGGUUUUGUUUUCAAAGCUGUGUAAUUUUCUACACCUACAUGUGCAAAGACAAUCAUUAAAAUACAUACAGUUGCGUUCAAAAAAGAAUGAAAUUGCGUGAAGCUGCGCAUUCUCUCUCAACUUUAACAAGCUGCCAUUUCCCACUCGGUUGAUUUUUUCUUCAUGAAAUUUUCACACAAUUUAGUUCAACUAUCCAACUAAUGAUCUACAAAAUUUGAAGUCUUUACAAAAAAUGGAAAUAAAGAUGUAGCUAUUCCCUUUUAAAAUUGAAAUUUGGAAUUGCUUAAUAAAUUUCCUGUAUCUUUGACAAUUUUCAUUGAAAAAUCUGAAAAUUCCGUUCAAAGAUGUAAACAAUGUUUGAUCUCGUACCUGACCAAGUUUCAUCCAAAUUGAUCUACUCGAUCAAAAAUGGUGCCGGUUCGAAAAUGAGGUUCAUAAAGUUUUCCUAAUAUUCCUCAAGAUUCCAAUUUCAGCCUCAAUUGUAUUUCGUGUUUCUCAUUCUUCUGAAUCCAAAACUGCAUAUCCAAAAUUUUUUUGACAAAUUACUCAACACCUCAAAUUUCUCAUUUUUCCUAGGUGCAAAUAAUAUAAGAGAUGAUUUUGAAUAAUUUGGGUGCCCUAAAUCCAAAUAUGAAAUUAGGUUUUUGUCUAAGAGCUUUGUUUUUGAAAUCACUCCAACUUGGUGAAAAUCAUUUCAAUUUCUUUUUUGACUUUUUUGACAAAUUAUAAAACAUAAUGUGGUAUCCUGAAUGAGCAUGCAUUCAGCAACUGGGUACUGGCAGUAUCGAAGUGAACGUGAAGGUGGUUAGUCGGCUUCGGCUGAGCUCAGUAGCUGCUCAGUGAAAAUACGACACAAAACAAAAAAUUUUAAACAGGCUUCAAAUCAAUUAUCCACUUUCCGCUAGAUCGUUACUUAUUUUGGAUUCCGCGAAAAAAGUUAUAGCAGUCUUCUAUUUGUUCACUUUACUCAAUUUAAAUCAAAUUUAAUUUAAGAUAUUUUUAUGCGAAAAACAAUGGAAGGUUUAAACUAAUUGGUAAAAUUAAAUAAUAUCUUUUCUAUUUAAAAUUUCUUCACUAGAGUCGGAUAUGCUUGUAAUGAUUUAUUCUAAAUUUAUAAAAACUGUAGAAUUAAGCUUGUUUAAACCAUGCAUCAUCAUUUUUAUUCCCAAAUAAAUUAAAAUAUAAUAAACAAAUAAGCAAUCAGUUUUUUUGCAUGGAGAUUUGUUAGAGCAUCAGUUCUCAAUGAUUGAUUUCACAGACUGAUUCAUUUUUAAACUUAUAAACUCCAUAUCAUCAAUACUAGAAACGUAUCUUUUUUCAUGCCUAUUUUCUUUUAAUAUUUAAAAAAAGUAA